AUGAGGUGGUUCAGUAGAACAAUCUCUGACGAAAGCUACCGGUUCAUCGAUAUCAGCGCCUGUCUCGCUGCGGCCAGCUUGACGUCGGCAGUUGCCGUUGAUGUGACGGGGUCCCUGGCAUACAACUUCUUUCUCAAGGACACGACCGAGCUGAGACCCGGAGCCAAGGUCAUUUUGAACCAUGGCGAACGUAGCGCUUUUCUGCGUCAAGAUGGGUCUUUCGUAAUACCCGAUGUGCCCGAGGGAGAAUAUGCGCUCGAGGUCAUCAGUAACACGCACGCAUUCGAACCGCUCUACCUGACCGUAUCGGAUGAUGAUGCUGUCUACGUACAAGCCUAUCACCCGCUCGGGACUCCUCUUGAUAAACCCGCCUCCUCCCCCUCCUCUUCCGCAUCUACCCCACCCUCUGCGUCAUCAUCUUCUUUCCUGCCAUACCCGAUCGUCCUCCACCCAGGCAUGCGCCUCUCGGACGUCUUCUACGACGCCUCUCCCUCGGCCGGAUCCAACCUCCUGGGAAUGCUCAAAUCGCCCAUGGUCCUCAUGCUAGCGUUUACGGGGAUCAUGGCAUUCGCCGCACCGAAAUUAUUGGAAAGCAUGGAAGUCGACCCGGAGGACGCCAAGAGCGUGAAAGAGAUGAGGGACCGGUUGCAGAGCGUUCACACGACUGAUUGGGGCGAGAAGUUGGCAGGGAGACUGGCGGGUGUACCGGAAAACGCCAACGCUGCCGCGAGCCCCGCAGCCGUAGGAUCAAACUCUGGCGGAGCGGGCAAGAGACGAAAAGGUCGGUAGAGUCUGCCCAUAGAUGAAGAUGCGCCGGACUUGUAGCGGGAGACGAAGGUAUGGCACAUUAAGCGGAACAUCUAUAAUAUGAAACAAGCUGCGAUGGCAUUACACGAUGGCCGAUUAGGUGUCCAUAUGCAAGCGGUAUUGGGACAGAGAAACGAUCAAUGGAAAUCUGAGGGGCCGAGGAUACAAAGUCUGAGGGAAAUGUCCAUGCUAGCUAGACCUCUAGCGGAAGCCGGAGUGCGUUCGAUGCCGAUAGUGUCCGCAAAGCAUGAUCCCCAAGGUCGGAUCAGAACAGGGCGUGUAGUGGGUCGUCGUAAGAGUCGUUAGUUCGGGGAGGGGUCAUCUGUGAUGGGUAUCGACAGCGUCUGUCUUUCGAGGGAGGAUGCCACUGUCUGAUCCUCCUAUGCUCGAUUCCAACGUCCGGCUCCUCCAAUCAAGCCCCAUCCGCUGACGAGCAUG